AUGGCGGCGGCAGGUCCGAGUACUCGGGCCUCUUCCGCGGCGGCAGCGGCGGCUCUGAGUCGGCGGGGCCGGCGGGGCCGCUGUGACGAGAUGGCGGCAACGAAGAGUGGGGCCCCGGGUCAGGGAUCUGGCCCUGCGUUGUUGGUGUUGCCACCGCCACCGCCGCUGCCGGAGGAGUCGAGCUGCGCCGGGUGCCUGGAGACCCCAGGGGAAGCGGCGGCCCUGCCGUGCGGCCACUCGCUGUGCCGAGGCUGCGCCCAACGCGCCGCCGACGCGGCGGGCCCGGGCUGUCCGCGCUGCCGCGCCCGCGGCCCGGGCUGGGCCCGCCGUCGAGCCCGCGACGACGGCCAGGCCGACUCGGAGGUGCUGGGCGAGCGCGCCCGCCGCGGCCAGCCAGAGCGCUGCCGCCCGCGCCGGGACGGGGGCGCGGCCGCUGCGGGGCCCAGGCCGGAGCAGGAACCUCGCGCUGCACCCGCGGAGUCAGAAUUUAUAUUCAGAGCACCAAUCAAAAUAAGCAAGCCUGGGGAACUUCGUGAGGAAUAUGAAUGCUUGAGAAAGCUGAGAGAAGAAAAGUUGCAAGAGGAAAAAACUUCUGAAGACCAAAUCCACAAGCUGUUACCAGAGGACACAGAAACAGGGAAAAGGAAAAUGGAUGAACAGAAAAAAAGAGAUGAGCCAUUAGUAAUGAAAACAAAUCUGGAACAUUGUCCUGCACGUCUCUCAGAUUCAGAGAAUGAAGAACCUUCUGGAGGCCAGAUGAUACAGACACAUCGCUCGGCAUUUGUUUCCAAGAACAACUCCUACUCCUUAGCUUUCCUGGCAGGGAAGCUAAACUCCAAGGUGCAGAGGAGUCAGAGCUGCAGUGACACAGCUCAGGACAGAGUGAAGAACAGACUCAGAGCAGCUCCAACCAUCAAAGCCAAGGUCACAACUAUGACUCCAGCCUCCAACCCCAUCAUUGGUGUCCUCUUGUCCACUCAAAAUAACCGCUGUCUCUCAGCCCCUGACUUAACCAUCGAAAAGCGUCUGCCCUUCAGCUCCCUCUCUUCCUUGGCUUCCCUACAUAAGCCAGAGCGCUCUAUCAGUCCUGAGAGCAAUGACAGCAUCUCUGAAGAACUGAACCAUUUCAAGCCCAUUGUUUGCUCACCAUGUACUCCUCCUAAGAGACUCCCUGAUGGCCGUGUGCUAAGUCCCCUCAUCAUCAAGUCAACACCUCGCAACCUAAACAGAAGCCUGCAGAAGCAGACUUCUUAUGAGGCUAGUCCCCGGAUCCUCAAAAAGUGGGAACAGAUCUUUCAAGAGCGGCAGAUUAAAAAGACCCUUUCAAAGGCCACUCUAACUUCCCUGGCAUCUGAAACAGGCGAAGACUUACUAAGUUCUGAAAUUAUCCAUUCUAGCAAGGAAAAGCCACUUCUGGAUUCAAAUACAAGACUCCGCAGUAGGCAGGUACUCUCUGAGGAGACUGGACCCACUCCCACUGACCUUGAGUAUUUCCCCUCAGUUAGCCAAACAAAAGCUGAAGAGGACAGUGAUGGUAAAAGGAGCACUGAGAUCCCACUGGAACUCAAAGGGGGAGCCAGUGGGACUUUGGAGGGGGAACAGUUUGAGGGGUCAGGGUCAAUCCCAGAUACCAGGUUAGACAAAACUUACAUAAGCACAGCCGUGAAAAUCUCAACAGUUAAUUCAUUGCUACCCAAAAACAAUGUUUUGGGUGGAGUCCUCAAAACAAAGAAACAGCUGAAGACAUUAAAUCAUUUUGAUCUGGCUAAUGGUGUUCUGGUAGACAGCCUGGGUGAAGAGCCACUUCCUUCCUUGCGGCGAGGUCGAAAAAGACGCUGUAAGACCAAACACUUGGAACAAAAUGGCUCCCUUAAGAAACUGCGACAAACCAGCAGUGAGGUGGGUCUGGCCCCAACAGACCCAGCACUGCGAGAGAUGGAGCAGAAAUUACAGCAGGAGGAAGAGGACCGACAGCUGGCUCUGCAGUUGCAACGCAUGUUUGACAGUGAGAGGCGGACUGUGAGUCGUCGAAAAGGAAGCGUGGAUCAGUAUCUCCUACGGUCCAGCAGCAUGGCUGGGGCCAAGUAGCACUUAAUGAACAGUGUUACCUAUUUUUAAGAGGUCUUUGACCUUGAUCAUUUAUCCAGAAGAGCUGAGUGUUCUCAUUUGGGUUUCUUUUAUGGCAAAACACUGUCUAAUAUGGUUCUGAGAGGGUUCAGGGCCUUGGUAGUCAAAGUACAAGGGAACUGUGUCUGUUUCUCUGGGACUCAGACCAGAAGCACUCCUCACCGCCAAAUCAUCCCCAUUGAAGUGACCACCUCUGAGGGCUUCUGGGCCAAAUCUAACAGCACCCACUUGGAGUGAGAUUUGGAAUGGCCUCAUUUAGGAGCAUAAUUGACACAGUUAGAAAUGGUAGAGGAAAGAGGAGAUACCUUCUCAAGCUGAUAGACCUCCUGACUUCUUUCAACAGGGUGUUGUUUUAAAUCAAUCUUGCAGAUAAAAAUUAAUUCCAUGUCUUUCAAAGAAGUGGAGCAGUGUAGUACUUUGGAAGACCUAAAAUGAUAUUGCUAUAUCCCUCUUUCUCUUUGCUUUUGCCACAAGUACCUUUACCUACCUAAAUCAGUUGAGCAUGUGCUUCUACAAAAGUUAAUUUACGUUCUCUUUUUAAAAAAAUAAUGUGAUUAAUGCUGCAUGGUUGACAUUUCCAAACAGCUUAAUUUGGUCUUUCUAAGAGACCUAACUCAUAAGUGGUACCUUUUUUUCAGAUAAUGAAACUGAAGUGCAGAUGUUCAUAUUCUCUCAACAACUAAGUGGCAUUGCCCAGACUGACCACAAGUCUCAUGGGUAUUCUAUACUAACAGGUUGUCCAAAUAGACUGCAAUCCAGGGGCACCUAAGAAAAGCAGGCUGCGCAUUGAGCAUUGAAAAAUCCAUAUGCAAGUAAUUAAGUUGACAGGAUGUGCCAUUUCCUCUCCUUCCCUCGGUUUACAUGUUGUGUUUUCAUAGGGGUUCCAGCCCGUGAGACCAACUGUAGUGAGGCUUCAUUAACACUUUCCUCAUGGCCAGUGAUUAUCUGCAAUGUUGAUCUAAAAUCCUAAAUUCCCUGAAGUCAGGUAAAGAAUGAUGCUGAAACUCCAUACUGUGGAAACAAGGUAUCUAGCUGGAUUCAGCUGGUAAAUUCAGUCCCAUGGACCUUUGGGGUUUAUUUUCCUUAGCAGCUGACACCAUGUGUCUUUUGCAUCCCUGGUGGUGCUUGGUGCUUCUGCCCAUCUGGGCUCAUUGAGAAUAGAGAUAAAGAAAAUUUUAGGGAAUCUCAGAUGGGCUGGCAUUCCCUGUGUAUGUAUGAGCUGUUACUAUAGUCACAUGACUGGCAUUUUAACAAACCUUCCAGAGCUUA